UCACGGGUUUUGAAGCAAAUAUAAAAAUAACAAAAAUAUAACAGAAACAUAACUUGUCUUUACCUAAAAUAUGGUUUAUUAGUCAAAUGCUGAACACACGUCUGUGGAAAUUACUCCAGUCCAGCAGGUGGCGGUAGUGCACCUUUACGCUGGUCAGCAACCACCGGACGAAGCAGAAACCGGAAGCUGCUAGCAGAGCUAGCUUGUUGUUCUGGUGUGUAAGGGGAACAUUUGAGGCUCUGCAGUAAAAAUGUCUUCACUUCAGUCUCUGGGAGAGUUGAUCAGCUAAAGCGACUAACUGCUGCUGCUGCAGAAAUCUUCUCACCAGGCUGUGGAAACUUUCUUCUCCUCCUCAACAACUUGGUGGAGUUCUUUCCAGAACCAGAGAAGAUAUUCUGCGGUCUUCGUGACAAUCGGAGCUCCAGAAUCAGGUUGUGGCUGUUAGCUAAACACGGCUAAAGAAAACCUGCUACCACUUCAGGAUCUGGGACUGAUUCAUCGUGUGUUCUUCACCACCUGGACCUGGACAGCAUGGACACAGAGGUUCAACAAAUGAUGCUGGUUAAAGAAGAAGUUUCUGAAGAACAGAAUGCUGGUGUAGACCAGCAGGACCCAAAGCACUUCCACGUAAAGGAGGAACAGGAGCAAAUCUGGAUUAGUCUGGAGGAAGACAAGCUCCACGUGAAGGAAGAGAAUGAUGCUGCCAAGUUUCCAUUCUCUACUGUUUCUAUAAAGAGUGAGGAUGAUGAAGAGAAACCUCUGUUUUCACAACUUCAUCAGCAGCAAGUAGAAGACAGGGUUGUUCCAACCAGCAGCUCACCUGAACAGACAAAAGCAAGAACUAGUGGAGGAGCAGAAACUAGCAGAAACCCAGAUCUGAAUUCUCAUGAACAGGCAUCCAAUUCUUCAGCAACUGAAGUUAGUGGAGAUGAUGAAGAGGGUGGUGUGAAUAUAGACUCUGAGCUGUCAGACUCUGGUUCUGAAAUUGAAGACAAUAACUGGAAUGACAGGUUUUCUGAGUCAGAUGUUAAGACUGUCAAUAAAUCCUUUAGCUGCCCUGAGUGUGAUAAACAGUUUCUCCACAAGUGGGCUCUCCAGAAACAUGUAAGAGCAACAAGUUGUUCAGCAAAAAGAUCUUCACGCUGUUUGGUUAAUAAGAAAUGUGUUAGAGUGAAGAAGCAUGUUGACUCAUGUGGGAAUGUCCAGAAAGAGCUAAAAUCAUAUAGUUGUGACAACUGUGGAAUAAUAUUUGGCAGAAAAUCAAUUUUAAACACUUACACAAGAGCCCAAAUAGGACAUAAACCUUUCGCCUGUGAUCUUUGUAAAAAAACAUUUAGCCAAAAGACUACUUUAAGCAGACACAUGAGAGUCCUCACAGGAAAAAAGCCCUAUUUUUGUGAGCGCUGUGGACAAAGAUUUAGCCGAAAGGAAUAUUUAAAAAGUCAUUUAAGAGUCCACACAGGACAAAAACCCUUUGCUUGUAAGCUCUGUGGACAAAGAUUUAGCCAAAAGACACAUUUAAAUAGUCACAUUAGAGUCCACACAGGACAGAAACCUUUCACUUGUGAGCUUUGUGAACAAAAAUUUAGCCGAAAAGAGCAUUUAAAGAGACACGUGGCAAUCCAUACAGGACAGAAGCCUUUUGUCUGUGAGCUGUGUGGACAAAGUUUUGGCCAAAAGACUCAUUUAAACAGUCACAUGAGAGUCCACACAGGACAAAAGCCCUUUGCUUGUGAGCUCUGUGGAAAAAGAUUUAGUCGAAAAACACAUUUAAACAGUCACGUAAGAGUCCACACAGGACAGAAGCCUUUUGCUUGUGAGCUUUGUGGACAAGGAUUUAGGCGAAAGGAACAUUUAAACAGUCACAUAAUUGUCCACACAGGAGAGAAACCUUUUUCCUGUGAGCUCUGUGGACAAAGAUUUAGUCGAAAGACAACUAUGAACAGUCACAUGAUUGUCCACACAGGAGAGAAGCCUUUUACUUGUGAGCUCUGUGGACAAAGUUUUAGUCGAAAGCCUACUUUAAAAAGUCAUAUGAGAGUUCACACAGGACAGAAGCCUUUCACUUGUGAGCUAUGUGGACAAAGGUUUAGUCAAAAGUCUACUUUAAACAGACACAUGAGAGUCCAUACAAGAUUCUAGGGAUUAAUUUAACUUCAAGAAAAUUGAAAGGGAUCUUUGUAUUUUUUAACAGCCCAGAUUUCAGUCUUGUACCCCUUGUGGCUGUCCUUGACCCUAUAUCAAGGCCACCUCCAGCCCAUGAACCACUUUUUCCUGCCCUGCAAGCCACAUAAUAUGGCCCCCCAGCUGUGUGUUAAUAAAUCCAAAUUUCAAUUGAGAGGUGGCGCAAUAGCGUUUCGUCGCUCAUCAAUAGAAGAUAAUAUUUUUACAUGUAGAACCUCUCGAGAUAAAAAUCAUAAGGUGCUUCACAAGAGCAAAAAAAUAAAAUUAAAAUGAUUUAAAAAUAUAAUGGAAAAAAUGGGGGGAACGUAAAUAUUUAGAUUAAAAAUGUGAAGGAAGAACAAAAAAUAAGAAAAAGGUAAUCACAGGUUCCUGAUACACAAUAAUGAACUGCUGUUCUUAAUUUGUACUUUUGGAGUGUUGCAGCGCAGAGAGAUUAGCGUGGCAUGUAUUCCGUGCUGUUAAAAUAUAUUGUGUAACGUGAUGAUGGAGCCAUUUCUCAUGGUUAUCCUCUAACCACUGUUCCCUUUGACACUGCGCCAGAGUGCAUGAAAGAGCCUCAAGGUCAUGCAUUCGCUUCUAAACUGUUUACGUUCCAGCAAUGAAGACAGAAGAUGAAGACUCUUUUCUUUUCUUUUAUUAGAUCAAAUAACUCAAUUUUCAGUAAAGCUAAUCAAAACAACUGUUAGUCAAUAAUACAAUGUGACCGAUCUGUGAAAUCAUAAUAUUGUGUGGGGUCAGAAACAUGCAAAGUAAAAGUGAAAGAGUUGAUGAGGCUGGAAAAGCUUGUGGAAAAGUAGUCUUCAAUGUGAAAGUUAAUACCUCCAACAAUAACCCGUCACUGCUGUCACUCUGUCAUUUUAUUUCCGCAAAACUUGCCUCACUUUGCACAGGUUUGUUUCUUUAAACAUCGUAUUAAAUCCAAUGCCUUUCAUCAAAUUUUGCUGUGCAGUAUUUUUUGUUGUACGAUGCAAAAUCACUUUCACACAUGAAGUGGAGUUAUCCUAGUGGCUCCAGUAAGAGAAAGAAGCAGCUUGCUUUAAAAAAGCUUUUAUCUUCACUUCUGA